AUGCACCCGGUCCUCGUCCGCGCGACCCAGCCACACACCCGCAAUGCGGAGCAACAGCGUGCGGGCACCCUAGGUCAACGGGCACGCACGUCCGCUGUCCAGUCCCCUCGAACCCCGCGGACUCUACGCAAUGCACCGCCGUCCUCGUCCGCGUGA